UCUCUGAUUGGACGCAUUCGCCGGAAAUUGCGUCACAGCACGAAACACAUCAGCCUUUUGGUGGGAAUAUGAGUUCUCCUCCACGCACAUUUAACUUCAAAUCAAAAGCGUCUUUUUACGCCGUGUGGUGGUUAAUGUGACGCCAAAGUUUGCGGAUAUGUGUCAAGUGUGUAACAGCUCCAAAGGUCGGUGCGUAACAGCCGUUAAAGUGUGUUAAAAUCACCCGGACAGCCGGGGAAAGUUCACUCUGCCUAUUGUUUGCUAGCAUGCUAACACGUUAGCCAACAAAGCAACAAAGUGAAUUUACUUCAGGUGUCGAGGAGACAUUUAGACACACUCUGAGGACACUGUGUGUUUUUUAGGUGUCGAUAAUUAGUGACGACAUCGCUCAGUGUCCUAGUCGGUUUAUUCUCCUUUACACUGGAUCAUUAAUCAGUCAACAACAACAACAACAACAACAUGCCAGAAAUCAAACUCAAACACGUCGUGUCCUGCAGCACUGAGGACACUACUCACAAGGCAGACAACCUGCUGAGCUCUGACACCUACAGGAAGUGGAAAGCAGCGAGACCCGGAGAGAAGCAGACCUCAGUCAUCCUGCAGUUCGAGAAAGAGGACCAGGUUCACAGCAUCGAUAUCGGCAAUGAAGGUUCAGCUUUCAUCGAGGUUCUGGUGGGGAACUCUUCAGCUGUCAGAGACCAGGACUACGAGGUCCUCCUGGUCAUGUCUUCCUUCAUGUCCCCCACUGAGAGCCGUAACGGCUCCAACAUGAACCGGGUUCGUUUCUUCGGUCCCAACCAGCUGCAGAAGACCGCCGCACAGGAGAAGUGGGACCGGGUCAAAAUAGUGUGUAGCCAGCCGUACAGCAAGAACAUAGCGUACGGCCUGGCGUUUGUCAAGUUUCACUCACCGCCGGACAAAAACGAUCCUCCUCCAGCAACGUCCCCGAAAGUGACCAAGCUGGGCGUGUUCAGGGUGAAGGAGGAGUCUCCAUCAACUCCUCCCAGCCUCCAGCCUGGAAGUCUCUUCUUCAGCCGGGACAACGCUGCUAAGGCCACUUCUUCACUCAAAGUGUCUCCUCAGAACGAGAGGCUGAGUUACGCUGCUGCAGCGCUGCAGGCUGGAGGCAGCACCACCUCAUCAGGCCAAGCUUCUUCCUCCAGCUCCACCUCUCCACAGCCACCAGCAAAAAGGAAAUUUGAGUUCAGCAAAGAGCGCCAGUCUGCCUCCGGCCCCCCGCCCUCAAAGAAAAUGAGCCCCGCUGGUUCACCGGAGGGAAAAGCUGCGACCCCCAAACUGAAGCCGAGCCCGGCCAGCACGCCGAGCCCCAGCACCGCCAAAGCUGGCCCGGCCCAGAAGUCGGCCGAGAAGAAGCGGGAGAGCCAGUCCAAGCCCGAACCUAAACCCAAACCACAGAAAGCAGGCGGGCAGCAGGUGCCUUUCAAACGGAUGUUGGAGGGGGUCGUGUUUGUGCUCAGCGGCUUCCAAAACCCGUUCAGAGGCGAGCUGAGGGAAAAGGCUCUGGACAUGGGAGCCAAGUACCGACCCGACUGGACCCCCGACUCCACACACCUCAUCUGUGCCUUCGCUAACACCCCCAAGUACAGCCAGGUGAAAUCAGCAGGGGGCAUCAUCGUACGGAAGGAGUGGGUAAUGGACUGCCAUAAGAGGAAACAGCAGAUCUCCUAUAAAAGGUAUUUGAUGGAUGGAGCCGAGUCGAGCUCGGAGAGUGAAAUGGAAGUGGACGAGCAGAGUGAAGAGGAAAUGAACACAAAGACGCCACAGAAGCAGCAGAGACAAGUGACGCCCAAAAAGACGCCAGAGAAGCGGACUGAAGACGACGAGUACGGUGGCUCCACUGAUGUGGACGAACCAGGAGGUGGUGGUGAUGAUGAGUCUGCGGUGGACACGGAGGACGAGCUGCAGAGGGUGGAGAAUGAGAGCAGACAGAAGAAAGCGGCAGCAGCAGGAGGGAAGCCGGUGAAACAGGAGGAUCCAUACGGCGGGUCGACAGAUGAAAACACAGACGCCGAGGCGGAAGAGGACCACCCCAUCCCUGAUCUACCAGACUACCUGAAAGGAAAGCACUUUUUCCUCUACGGUAAAUUCCCCAACAACGAGAGACGCCUCCUGCUGAGAUACAUCGUUGCCUUUAACGGACUGAUUGAGGACUACAUGACGGAGAAGGUGCAGUUUGUGGUGACCAGUGAAGGCUGGCACGACUCCUUUGAAGACGCGCUGAUGGACAACAGCAAUCUGAACUUUGUCAAACCUGCAUGGAUUUAUGCAAUCAACGAUCGCCAGAAGCUGCUGCCCUACCAGCCCUACUCUGUCGUCCCCUGAACACUCUGUAUGCUGUAUGUACACACCGAGGUGUGCACAGACACACUCACACUUCACAUCCCGACCAAUGGGGGAAAGCCAUAGACACAUUCUUUUUCUUUUCCAGAUCAAAUUACAUAAAAGCAAUAAAUCGAAUACAGUUCAUUAAUGCCUUUAUACUUCCCUUUCAUGAAAUGUUUCUUCAGUCCUCAGGUGUUUUUCAACACAGCCAAGGUGGGAAAAUGUCUUUUUUAUAUGGUGUCUGUUAAAGGUUUAUAGUAGGAUAAGGUUUAGCUUUUUUAUUAGCUUUUUAUUUGGACAGAAAAAGUGUUAUCUUCAUCAUCGCCGGCCGCUCCGUCACAAAGCUCGAUCUCUCUGAUUCAGGAUUGUUUGGAUUCUUCUCUUCCUCCUCGGCUACCUCAGGCUCCGUCUGGAUAUUAGUUAUCACUCUGCCCUGACAGCCAGCGGCUCUGAUAAAACUCUGACUUAUGUAAGCGGGCAGACCAUUAAGAGACCAGCCCAAAGUCAGGUGGAAUGUGCCAUUUAUUUCAGAAAAAUGCAAAAAAAAAAACACGUAAAUUUUACAGAUCAAAAUGUGUUGGAUUGUUUGUCUUUUCUCCUUUUUAUUCUAUGAAACAAAUUGGAAAGUGAUGCUUUUUUGUGUGUUGAUGUUAAAGUGUGAUAAAUCUGAGUUUGUGGUUUGGUUUUUAUUCAUGAGUUAAUAUGACAAGAGACGGACAGAUCGCCUGACAGACUCAAAACGAUGCAAAAACAGUGAUUUGUCUCUCCAGAUUUACAAAAAAGAAGAAGAAAAGAAUGCUUAAGACACGAGAAGAUGUCGGGCUUUACCGUCUGCUUGCUUAAUAAUUUUGUUUAAAUAAAAAAUAGGUUUUUAAUUAAA